GCAGCCAACCGCGGCAGUUUUGUGCGCAUCGUCACACGAGAUCUACCUGUUAUUUGUUAUUCGGAAACCCGCGACAUUGAUCGUUCACGAUCUUUUUAAAAUACAUCGCGCAGCCAUGAUUUGCCACACCGACAAGACAAUUAUAGUGAUUCAAUAGGUGUUUAUGUGAUGAUUUCAGUCUAAACGUCAGUUUGGAUGACCAGCGCGGUAGUAAACAACCGGUCCAGAUAGGGAGGCUGCGUCUGCCUCGCGCCCUGUAGUGGAAUGCGGCAAUUUUAACUACUGCGGACCUCGGGACCCAUAUCCGAAUUGGGAUUGUCCGGCUGUUUCUUGGAAAAAGGUGAUGCAAAGAGGAUGAGUCGCCGCGCGCGGCCGUGACAUGGGAGCGCAGGCAUGGGCUGGCGCGCCGAGCUAACGCCGCACAUCGCCGCCGGCCUGCUGCUUCUACUGAUUGUAUAUUUGCCGGUAACUUGCCAUCAAGACCACCAAGAUGCCGUACACAUUACGGCUAUCCUCGGUGAGAGUGUGGUGUUCAACUGCCAGGUGGAUUUCCCCGAAGAUGUCCCCGUGCCGUACGUGUUGCAGUGGGAGAAGAAGGUAGGCGAAACGGGUCAGGACAUACCGAUAUACAUCUGGUACGAGAGCUACCCGACUCACAGUGGAGAGGGCUAUGAGGGCAGAGUGUCGCGCGUGGCACCCGAUUCGCCUUAUGGCGCUGCCAGUCUCAACCUCACUAAUAUACGAGAAUCGGACCAGGGAUGGUACGAAUGUAAGGUGGUAUUCCUUAACCGGUCUCCAAACCAGCACAAAAACGGCACGUGGUUCCAUUUGGACGUGCACGCCCCACCGAGAUUCUCUAUCACGCCGGAGGAGAUUAUAUACGUUAACCUAGGUGAUGCCAUAAUACUCAACUGCCAAGCAGAAGGCACACCAACCCCAGAAAUUCUAUGGUACAAAGACGCUAACCCUGUGGAACCAUCUGGAACAGUUGGUAUCUUCAACGAUGGCACCGAACUCCGCAUCAGUAACAUCAGACAUGAAGAUAUCGGAGACUAUACGUGUAUUGCACGAAAUGGGGAGGGCCAAGUCUCUCAUACGGCCAGAGUCAUUAUCGCUGGUGGCGCUGUUAUCACGAUGCCGCCAACAAACCAAACAAAGCUUGAAGGGGAGAAAGUCCAGUUUUCCUGUGAGGCUAAAGCUUUACCAGGCAAUGUGACUGUUAAAUGGUUUCGCGAGGGUGCUCCCGUGGCUGAGGUAGCGGCGUUGGAGACAAGGGUCACAAUCAGACGUGAUGGAGCCUUAGUAAUUAACCCUGUAGCUGCUGACGACUCCGGUCAGUACUUAUGCGAGGUCUCAAACGGUAUCGGAGAUCCACAGAGUGCUUCCGCAUAUUUGAACGUGGAGUAUCCAGCCAAAGUGACUUUCACUCCAACAGUCCAAUAUCUACCUUUUCGUCUGGCUGGCGUAGUUCAGUGCUACAUAAAAGCUAAUCCUCCUCUACAAUACGUCACGUGGACGAAGGACAAGAGACUUCUAGAGCCGUAUCAGACGAAAGACAUUGUUAUUAUGAACAAUGGUUCCCUGCUAUUUACGAGAGUUAAUCAGAAUCACCAGGGAAGGUAUACCUGCACACCGUAUAAUGCACAAGGGACUCAAGGAUCUUCGGGUCCAAUGGAAGUAUUGGUCAGAAAGCCACCAGUUUUCACAGUAGAGCCUGAACCGUUGUACCAAAGAAAGGUUGGGGAAUCUGUGGAGAUGCAUUGCGAAGCUCAAGAGGCUGAAGGCACUCAACGACCCAGCGUUGUCUGGAGACGAAGAGAUGGUCUUCCUCUUCAGAAGAAUAGAGUGAGGGCGCUAGGAGGGAAUAUCACCAUCGACACAUUACGACGUCAGGACUUUGGGAUCUACCAAUGUGUGGCCUCUAAUGAGGUAGCAACAAUAGUGGCUGAUACCCAGCUGGUGAUAGAAGGUACUCAGCCACAUGCACCAUACAAUGUUUCGGGAACAGCGACAGAGUUUCAGGUCACGUUACGAUGGCAACCAGGUUACGCUGGCGGACCAGACUAUAAACAGGACUACACAAUUUGGUAUCGGGAAGCGGGUUUCUCUGAAUGGACCAAAGUGCCUGUUACGCCAUCCGGAGCUACGUUUGUCACAAUAAAUAGGCUUCAGCCAGGGACCACAUAUGAAUUUCAAGUUAAUAGUAAGAAUACCAUCGGAGAGGGAAUGAUGAGCAAAGCUAUUACAAUACGAACACUUGAUGUAGGCGCAAAACCAAAGACUACACCCACAGCCGCGGGGCCGAUAGACGAAAAAAUCUUUCAGAAUGCACCCGAGGGAUCCGGUCCGAAACCAGGACAGCCUCGAAACUUAACAGUGACAGAAGUCAACAAUGGAUUUUCGAUCUCAUGGCAAACGCCACUAGACCGUGCUCAUUUAGUUCAAUACUAUACGAUCAAAUACAGAACGGAUGCACAAUGGAAGACCCUCAAUCGUGGUCAGAUUCGCCCCGAAGAAACUAGUUAUCUUGUAAAAAACCUAGUCGGAGGCCGCACAUACUAUUUCCGCAUAUUGGCCAACUCAGCGACGAGUUACGAAAGUUCUGAAGAAGUAAGGUUUGCGGUCCCAGCGCGGGUUAAGCACAAAGCUAUAACAGCGGGCGUAGUUGGCGGGAUAUUGUUUUUUAUAGUCGCCAUUAUACUGUCCGUUUGUGCUGUGAAGAUUUGCAAUAAACGCAAGCGACGCAAGCAGGAGAAAGCAUACAACAUGGUAGCCGCGCGGCUGACGGACCUGCGCGCCGCUGACAGCACUCAAGUGCCUUUUAAGAAAUUUAGAGAAAGCGGAAUAUCGAGUGUAGUCCAAUGUUUGCGGUUUACGGCGAACUGGAUCUGGCCGGUGACACGGUGCGGCGAAGAGCCACCUUACUGGGGACUCGUUCGACGUAUGUCCCCCGCCCCGCCGCCCUCGCCUUCUCCCUCGCUGGCCCCCUCCUCCUCUGACGACGGCGGCUUCCUUCCUCGCCUGCGCGCUCCUUUGCAGCCCGCCGCGGCGCCCCCGCUCUUUCGUGCCUCGUCCCCCGCCUUCUCCCCUUGGACGGCUUGGACCCCGUGGCCGACCUGGGUCCCCGCUUGGACUCCGUGGUCGCCUCUGCAUAUAUCAGAUCUCAGCUCGGUCCCCUUUCCGAGCUCAGCGGACGGCUCCUUCCCGACCCCGCCAUCGUUCCUUCUGCGGCAGUCCCGCCAGGCUAGCGAGCGAGCGCUGUGUGCCGUCCCGCAGCGGACGCGGUGGCGACCUGUCCCGCGACACGCGCGCUCUCGUCCGGGGGCAGAUCCUCCGCCGCCACACGAGGCCUCCCCGGAGAGCCGUUCGUCGUCAAGCGGCUUCGGCAGCAAGAACGCAUCGUCGUCGCAGCACAACCGCAGCAGCCGGACGGGCAGUCUGGCGGAAUGGCGACCCCCGCCGUACCGUGCGCCCCCUCCGGCGCCGCUACCGCGACCCGAGUCGGGCGAGGCGUUGGACGCAGGCUCCGUAGACGUGCACUACGAGUGGGACCGCGCCACCCGCACGCCUACGCCUUCCACCCCGGAACGACCUCGGGCCCGCCAGGCCCGAGAUGACGUGGAAGCGCGGGUCAGGGCGAUGAAGGAGGAAUUCUUAGAGUUUCGUAAGCGGCAGGCUCUGCGCCGUCGUUCCCCGGAACCGCUGGGCCCGCCGCCGCCGCUCUCAGCGGUGUCUGCGCUCUCUCCACUGUCUCCGCUCGCUCCGAUCGCUCCUCCGUCUGCACCCGCGGAGACCGUUUGCUGAGUCUCGCGGCUAGCGUUACUUCCCCACCGAUAACUAUUUAUUUCGACACGUUUAGAAUGUCGCUCUUCAUUCGUAUGUAGUAAUCGUUGUAGCGGAAAACGGCACAUUAAUAUUAUCCGACGUACGAUUUUUACGUGACGGAGUUGACUUUCGAAGCCGUCUGUAGAGCGACAUGAUGAACUGUGUAAAAGCUUUUGAGACAAGUUGGCGGUAACUAAGAAAAGUAUGGAAAGCGGUAUUUCCCAAAAUGUAGCUAGUGACAACUUGACUUCUGAACUGAAUUGAUUUAGUUAGGUAACGACGUCGAAUUAGCAUUAAGUGAGCCCACCUUGGUCGAAAGUAGACUUAACAUCGCUGGAGACUAUUUACGGUAAGAAAUUGAGACGGGACGACGAAGUGGCAUGUGUAUGUAAAUGUACAUUCAUAUAAACUAUGUGGAUGCAGUGGCGUUUCUGCUCGCACUGUCUGUUUUCCUAAGCGAUUUAAAUGUCAAUUAAUGAUUUAUACUUAUUUAUAACUAUUUAAAUGUGUCAUUAUAGUGUACCUCGUUACUCGUAUUGUGCGAAGAAUUAUAAAAUGGGAGUGGUAAAAGACACAUUAAAUAAGUCAUAAUAAGUCGCCACAGUUAUGUUAAAUUAUAGGCCGAAGUUGGCGGACAGGCAGUGCGAAGCUACGUUCACCUAAACGCUUUAGGUAUGAGCGGGAAGGCAUCCACGAUACCGCUCAUACCCACAUUAUAAUAUGGUAGUUAUUAUUGUAACUAUUAACAUUAAUUAUACGAUACUAUAGCACUGCGUGUUCGACACUACUCUGUAGUGUAAAGGCAAGUAUGCAAUAGUAUAAAUUAUUUGACAAAUUAAGCAAAAGCGGACAGAUGAUAAGGUUAUUGAUUAUUAUGAUUCCAAGAUCACAGUGACAUUUUACUUUAUAAUUCUAUUCAACGAUUAUAAUAACGACAUAAACGUGCAAUACUGUUAUAAUAAUAAAUAUCGCGUUUUAUCAACCGUUUCGAAGAAUUUUGAUAUUUGUGAUUUACGUGAUCAAACUUGUCACAUUGAGAUAGACUGUUAUUUAUUUCACUGUGAUCUGUGAUUAGUUUGACAAAGUAUAAAACGUUAACGUAAAAUAUCGACGUCAAAUAUGUGUGAAUAAUCUUACAGUGGCUCUCGUUUCGUGUAUUACAAAUAAGUGUCACUGACGUAUUUUAUAUCGUUAAAAACUUUGUCAAACUAGUGGUAGAGCUGUUGGUACAGUCUGUUAUCGUGAGUCAAUGAAACGGUUUAGGUACAGGCAGCGUCGAACACACGGAAGUAAUGUACAACACAAAUAAAAUUAGGUAGACUUGUAAGUUGAGAAGUUAACGGAUGUUUAAUUUUUAUAUAAAGUUAUUUAUUUCCAAGUACAAAUUAUAAUUUUUAUCUGUUGCGUAUCUAGUUAUUUUUUAUAUAAUUUUUGAACUGUACAUAUGUAUAGACACCUUAGAUUAUACACGUAUUUAUUUAGGUGUUGUGUUAUAUUUAUGUAUGAGGUUCAGAUGAAUUUUGCCAUUACGAGUACGGCACUAGCGUUUAUUGUUCGUAAAUUAUUAAACCACCUUUAAAGCGAGUACCUUAUUCAAUUAGAACUCAGCAAAUAAAGAGGUGCUACAAAUACACAUUAUAAAUUAUUAUUUUUACUUUUUAAAAAUACAUUAAAUUUGUUUCCCCAACCGCCAGGUUCCUGUAACCAUCCCACCUGUUAUUAAUAUAAUGUUAUUUAGUUUUGUCAGUCAACUAAAAGACUGUUUAUUUAGUUCGUACAAUGUAAAACGUUAUAUGUUAAUAAGUGAUGUUUUGUGUACACAAUGAUUUUAGGCGAAUUUUUGUAUCGGGAUAAUAUUCAGAACGAUUAAUAUAUUUAAGGAAAUCCUAUGAAAUAAGUAUAAAAUGUACGCUUUAAAGAAAUUGAUACAUAAAUUACUCGUAAAAUAGUUAGGUAGCUGUGGUAAGUAGUUGGUACGUUGCGUGAGCGUGUGGUUAGCACAGAGGUAACAAACGCAACGGUCUACGUUUUCAUAACAACUUACGGGUUUUUUACAUACAGGCUGAUGAGAGCUUGGGCCAAUAAUGAGAGCUCCAGGAAUUGUUCUCAAAGAACAUCUGGUAACUUGAUGACAAUCAAAGGGUUGGCCUUUUGCCAAUGAUUUAAAGGAGCGAACAAUAAUCAAGAAACUUACUAUGAAUUAUAGCCUUUUAAUAUAGCCGCAACAUACAGUCGUGUUGUUUUGUUGUUAAGUGAUCUGAACCAAGAACGUCAAAUUGGACCGCUGAUAGCGACCUACAAUGCGUUGAAUAUCUUAAUGUUUAGCGAAAAAACAACUAACCCUUUUAUGAAAAUGUAGACUGUUUGGCGUCCUUCAUAUAUGUCUAAGACACGGAUGCAUCAUCACUCAGGUCACUGCCGGCAACUAGAUUAAGCUGAGGUAUAUCGACACAGUAGUUUGUUUGGUUACGUUAGUGGGUGAAGCCCGCCGCCAUUUUAGAUUGUUAGUGUCAGAAUGUGCAAUAACUUCUCCGUUCGGUACAAUUAAAUGUAAUAUUUUAAAUAUAAUGUAUGCUCAAUUUUUUCGACUGACCAACUGUAAUUAAAAUCUUUUGCAAAUCUUUAACAUUUAGAAAAAUUUAUAGCAAGGUAGUGACAUAAAUUAUUAUUUAUUUUAAUAUUUCGUAUGCUUGAUUUCUUUGUUAGAAAAUUUUAUUACAUAGAGAAAUAACUUAUAUCAAUAUAAGUAAUUAUUUAUAUUAUUCGCGCAAACAAGACGUUCACUAUCUUGCAUUUAUUUCGACAAUAGUCAGUAAUAGAUCUGACGUAAACUAAAACACCAAUUCCCUUAUUCAUUUUGUGAAAUAGGAGUAAAGUUCAUUGGGUCCAUUGACGUCAAAAAUCAGUGAAUAAAUGUAUAAAUAGACAGCCAAUAUAUAUGCAAAAAAUAAAAAUAAAUGUUUAAAUUAACAGUUCGAGUAACCACGUGCCUAGAAUGCUAGAUUUAAAUUGAUAAGAUAAAACUGAAAUUAUGCAAUCACAGUUUUUCUGUUACAUCUAUAAACUUAACAUUUGAAGAAUAAUGUCUGUAAUCGAUAUGAAACAUAUUUGUAUGUAGAAAAACUCCACCAAUAUGUAGUAAGAUUACACGGCUCAAUCCAUGUGAUAUCUAGUCUUUGUCGUAAUAAAACAAAUUUCGUGACGUCUCAACCCCGAAUUUCUAGCAAUCAGUUGUAUGCUUCUGUAUGUCUAGUAUGUAACUGAUUUAUUUAGAGGGACUCAAUAAAAUCUCUAAACGCGUUGGACGACUUCUUUAGACUAAAGUGAAAAGAUAGCAAUAUAUUAGAGUAAUGUAAUUAAAACAUAUUAUAUACCAGUUUCUUUAAAAGUAAUAAGUGAAUGAUUAUGUGCACAUUGGCAAACGUAAUGGUGAUACAAGGCAAGCACCCAAUAUUAAAAUCUUAAGGCAAAUGCACAUUAUGUCAGCACAGUAAUGUAUUCCAAACUUCGAAGUAUCAUACCCAGCACAUUUUAAUACGUAUCUCCAGUACCCACGUUGCCUGUGUUCGCCUUAUUUUAAAUAAGAUUAUGCACAAGACACGAUUUUAUAAAUCUAAACAGCCUUUGAUUUUGUUUCUUUUUAGAAUAUUUUUAGUUAUAAGUGUUGAGAUCAGUGUUUACUGUGUAAGCACACAAAGGAUUCAAUUCAAACAAUUAAAAAUACAAUAACGUUGCUAUGAUAUAAAA